UCUAGCAGGACCCCUACAAAAUAGGAUGUUCUUGAUCAUAAUGGACGCACACACAAAAUGGCCGGAGGUAUAUAACAUGCAGGCCGACACGACAAGCAAAAAAGUCAUCGAGAAGCUAAGAGACAGCUUUGUAAGAUUUGGUAUUUCGGAGCAAAUAGUUUCUGAUAAUGGCAGGCAGUUCGUAUCAGCAGAGUUCCAAAGAUUCUGCAAAAACAACGGAAUUAGACACAUAACAAGCUCAGCAUACCAUCCACGCACCAACGGAGAGGCAGAACGCUUCGUGCAGACCUUCAAGAAGGCAGUAUAUAACGCAGAAGGUGACUUAACUUAUCGCAUCCAACGAUUUCUAUUCAAUUAUCGAUGUACUCCACAUUCAACGACCGGAGCAGCUCCAGCAGAAUUGCUAACAGGACGAAGGCCACGAAGUUUGUUUGAUUUAAUCAAACCAGACAUACACAGCAGAGUAGCAGUAGCACAGGCCAGACAAGAAAAGAACUACAACACACACGUAAAAAGUCGAGAGUUUGAAAAAGGAGUGGAAGCGUGGAUCCGCACAUAUUCUAGGAAUGAAGCUAAAUGGUCCUUGGGAGUUAUUAUAAAGGCUCUAGGUCCAGUCACCUAUCUUGUCCGCGUAGGAGAUCAAUAUUACAAACGUCAUGUUGACCAAAUCCUCAAGGCCAUGCCAUUGCGACUUAAUGCGGAGGAAGUUCCGGAAGAUAAUAGUUGUCCACCGGAAAAACAUAUCAAACCUGAUUCAGAUUCGCUGUCAUCAUCCCCGGAACGAACAGAAGAAAAAGAAGAAUUCGAGACAGCUGAAGAAGCAUCAGAGUCUUCAGAUACGGAGCCGCCACAAUAUCUAGUACCCGAAAUGACACGAUCAUGUCAACGACCACAGAGGACUAGAAGACAGCCUGACCGUUUGGAGUAUAAACAAAAGGGUAUUCAAAAGGGACGCGGUUCUAAAUAAAAAGGGGAGGAAAUGUGAUAUAUCGAGCUAUGCGUUUGUAAGCGCGUUUUAAACGCACCGUUAGUCGAGUCGCGCAUCUAGAGGUAAUUCAUGUUCGAUGGAUGAGAGAAGAUUCGAGACGCGCGGGCUUUAGCUUCGUGUGGGUGCAUACUUACCUGUAUAACUAUUAAUAUCAAAUAUACGAAGUACGAGGAAACAAUCAGUGCAUUCCUUAUUAACAAGCCUCUAAACACAACAAAAUCAAUUUUAAAGUUGUUGUGAGUGUGAUGCACUCACACCAAGAAUGUCGCGGGCGAUAAAGGUCGCACCGGGCAAUGUUUUCAGUUGCUUAAUAAAGAACACCCAAAAUCUCCUGAUUUUGGGGUGGAAUCUGUAUAGCCAGCAAUUACUGGCUAAGCAAGUGCACUGACUGAAGGC